AUGAACGUUAUUGAUCGUUUCAAGAAUAAAGUUGUUGAAAAAUUUUAUAACCACGGUUUAUUUGUUGCCGACAAUUCACUUUAUGUUAUUUUAAUAGUUUUUGGAUUAUUUAUUCUUUCGUUAUUUCAAAUUACUCAUGUUCCUCCACCUGGCAGUUCGUUAGAAGUAUUCACUGAAUCAAGUAGAACAUUUCGUCCUGUUCAAGCACGAUUAGAAUUAAAUCAUAAUGAAAUACAUGAUAAACAACCAGACAAACCUCUUUGGUAUACUGGUUAUCCAAUAGCUUAUGUUCAACAUAUUGUUGUCCGUUGUGGUUUAGCAUCAUCUUUAUCAUCAGUAACACUUAAACCUACCGAUUUUUUUCGUUCAUGUAUACUAAAAUCAAAUGAAAUUCGCGAUUUAUUAUCAUCAAUUCAAUAUGACAAUAAUCAACUUGAGAAUUAUUGUUUACAUGUAACUGAAUCAUCCAAUGUUUACUUGAAACAAUAUUUACCUAAUUAUGGUUGUCUAUUAUUAUCUCCUUUGAAUAUUUGGAAUAAUGAUAUUACAAAAUUAUAUGACGAUAGUAGUCCAUUAGACACUAUACAACAAAUACUCACAUCAUCAUCGAGUGAUCAACAACAAUCAUUUGGUAGUAGACGAAGACGACGACGUUUAUUUAAUGAUAUUACAUUUGGUGUACCAUAUCGUCUAAUACAAAAUGAAUUUGGUCGUCAAGAAUAUCAAAUGACGUAUGCCAUUACGUUGUUACUGAUGAAUGCAUCGUCAAAUUAUUUACAAAUAUUAAAAGAAAGAUUAGAAUCAAAAUAUUAUUUAAGUGCAAAUAAUAAUAAUACAAUACAAGACGAUACAGAUAUAUUUCAUGUACACUUUUCAAGAAAAUCAUUCGUCUAUUAUUUACCAUUGGUAUUAUUGUAUCUCGUUGUCUUUUUAUACAUUUAUUAUUCUGUUAGUCAAUUUGAAUGCGUCAAAUCAAAAUGGGGUUUAGCAUUGGCUGCUGUAAUGCAAAUCUUUUGCUCUUUAAUUAUUUCGCUAGCUUUAAGUUCUUAUUUUAAUAUUACUCCUCGUCUAAACGGCGGUGAAGUAUUUCCAUAUUUGGUUGUAUUUAUUGGUUUAGAAAAUUUAGUUGUUAUUACACGUAGUGUUACAUCUCAAACCAUCAACGACGAUAUACGGCACCGAGUUGGUAACGGUUUAAAGAAAGAAUCUUGGACUAUUUUUAAACAUUUACUUUAUGAACUUUUAAUUGUAUUGAUUGGUUAUGUGACAUUUGUUCCAACUGUUCAAGAAUUUUGUCAAUUUGCAUUCAUUGGAAUAUCUAUUGAUUUUUUUAUGCAAAUGAACUUUUUUGUUGCUGUAUUAAGUAUUGACAUUAGGCGAAUACCAACAACAUCAGCAACAACAUCUUCUAAAAUGAUAAAACAAUCAUCGACUAUACAAAUGCCUUUGCAACAACCAUCAUCAUUAUCAUCAACAAUUAUUUCAUCUACAAGUCGUAAACAUAAUCAAUCAACAUGGGCAAAAUAUCGUUUUAUUCAACGUACAAUUAUGUUUUUAAUUCUUAUAUGGUUUCUUCUUAUUUUUUAUAAAUCUUGUUUAAUCGUUGAUCUAUUACAUAAGAAUGUUAAAAUAAAUCGAGAAGAAAUUGAAGGUUUUGUAUCAGAAAAAACACUCACUGAACAUUAUAUGAAACAACGAUCAACAGUAAACAUAAGUCGUCCAACAAACAAAGAAAAUGACAAAUUAUUAUUUUAUAAAAAAUUUCAAUGGCAUCUUCUAUUGAAUUUUGAUCAUUGGCCAACAUUAUUCUCUUAUUACAACAUAACAAAUCAUAAUAGAUAUUUAACAAUUUUACCAAGUAUUUAUUUAUCAAUACCAAUUCAAGAUCAAACAUCAGAAUUACAAAAUGAUAAUUCUCUUCUCAACGAGCCAAACAAUAUUCAACAAACUGUAAAGAACGAUGAAUUUAAAUCGAAUUCUCUUCAUGUAUCAUUUUCGAGCGCUGUAUUAGAACUAAUGUUUAUUGUUUUCUUUGGUUUUCUAUUUUUAUCUGGUUUAUAUUGUUUAUUUUCAUUUUCUCGUGGUCAUUCACAACCUUAUGCAGCUUCAGCGAAUGCAGUCCAACGUGAUUAUGAUGUAAUACCAAUUGUGAUGUAUUCUAAAAAAACAUCUACAUCUAUAAUCGAAACAAUUUCAUCGAAUGAGAUCCAUCUGACAGUCUGUUAUAGUGACUAUUCAAUUCUUUUAUGGAAUUAUUCAACUGGUGAUCUUAUAACAACAAUACAACGUGAAAAGCCUUCGUAUCAUGUUUGGUGCUCAGUAUUAGUCGAUGAACUUCUCAUAUUAGGUUGUUCAAAUGGACAAUUAGAAAUAUGGAAUAUAUUUCAUCAACAACAUCUGAAGACAGAACAUUGUGCUGAUGGAGGUAUAACACAUCUCAUACGUUCCCAUAAUUCUAUGUAUACAGUGUUAGUGACAACACAAACCGGACAUAUAUUAUUGUAUGAUAUACAAAUGACAAUGAACAAACAAAUAAAUAUCCAUUGUUUCUAUCAACAACGAGUCCAUCAGUGGCCAAUAAGAACGUGUAAAAUAGAAGCAUCAAGAAUAAUGACAGGAAGUGAUGAUCAUAGUAUUAAAAUAACACAAUUAAUUAAUGGACAAUGUCUAUUUACAUUCAACAAACAUAAAGCCCCUGUUAGCUGUUUAGCCACUGAUAAAAACAAUCCAUCGUCUUUGGUUAGUGGUUGUCUGGAUGGUCAGCUAUGCCUGUGGGAUUUGACAACCGGACGGUGUUUAUUAACAAAGCAGCACGCUCAUAAUGGUUUUAUACUUGAAUUAAUGUCACAUGAUACCGUAUUGGCUAGUCUUGGUAAUGAUGAUCGAAUUUGUAUAUGGAAACGUCGAACUUUAGACUAUUUAUACGAUAUUCGAUUAAAUAAUUCAACGUUAUGUUUUACACUAGCCCAAAAUUAUUUACUUCAUACCCAUUCUGGUUAUUUAUUUGUAACCGAUACAAAAACAAAUCAGUUGAAACAAACGUUACUCUAUCAAUUAAAUAAUUCAACAGCUAGUCAUGCAAUAGAAAUGAUCUAUUCUCUAACUAAACAAACAAUUAUUAUCCAUGACAACAACGAUAUUCUUUAUUCACUGAGUUUACCAGAGAAAUUUGUGAACGAUUAA